AUAUAAUACAAUUUUGAAAUUUGUAAGAAUGAUAGAUCUUUCAAAAAAUAACUUCUCAGGAGGCAUUCCUAUGGGAGUGACGGAUCUUUUAGCAUUGCAAUCACUAAAUCUGUCUCACAAUUUUUUGAGUGGCAGAAUUCCGGAGAACAUUGGUGCUAUGAGUUUUCUAGAGUCCAUUGAUUUUUCUGGAAAUCAACUUUCCGGUGAAAUCCCACAAAGCAUUUCAAAGCUGACAUUUUUAAGUGUCUUGAACUUAUCCAACAACAAACUUUCUGGAAGAAUUCCUUCAAGCACUCAACUACAAAGCUUUAGUGCAUCUUCUUUUACUGGCAAUAAACUUUGUGGUCCUCCUCUUUCUAAUAAUUGCACAGUAAGUGUUCCAACAUCAGGUGAUCAGAACAGAGGAGAAAAAGAAGUAGACUGGUUUUAUGUAAGUAUGGCUCUUGGAUUUGUCGUGGGAUUCUGGAGUUUUAUAGGACCUCUGUUCUUCAGCAGGAGAUGGAGGUGCAUGUAUUUCCAAUUCCUGAGUAGCCUCCAGGACAAACUGGGCAGUGUUGUAAGAAAAUGUUACUAGACUUUUUGUGUUUCUCUUUUGAUCUGAAUGUUUGGAGCUUAUGUAUUUUGUAUUUUCUACAUAAGGAUUUUAUUAGUGGUUAUGGUAUUUGAGAUCAAUAAAUCAUAUUUGUAUUAA